AUGUUUGGACUGAAGCUGGAUGAAGAGGCGGAGGAAUUUCUGAUUUCCAGCUGGACCUGUCUGGUCACUGAGUACAGUGCUGUGUCUGAUAUUGAAGUCAUCCACUUCACCACGACCGAGAUGUGGUUGCGGUGGCAGAGUACAGACCACGCCUCCAACUACACCUACCACCUGCGCAUCCAGUCGGGCAACACCACCACCUGGAUGGAGACCUCUGACAAAAAGUUCAUCCUUAAAGACCUGGAUCCUGGCACCUUGUAUAACAUCACCAUCUACCCAGAACUGAAGGGAAUCAAGGGCAAUGCCAGCCUUAUCACCCAUUACACACGGCCCAGUCAAGUGUCUGACAUCGAAGUGAGCACCAACACCAUACAGGCCACCAUAGUGUGGCAGAACAGGGACACUGCCGCCCACACAUAUAGGUACUUGGUUGAUCUUGAGGCGGAGGACAGUGUUGGUAACAUCACGCAGAUUGUGACAGACUAUGGCAUCACCCAGGCUACCUUCAGCGAAUUAAAGCCUGGUUCGGGCUACACUGUCAAGAUUACCACCCAAGUGGGUAUAGAUACCCAGUCUCUGGAGCCAGGCUCCCUGUCAUUCUGCACAGAUCCUGCACCUGUCAUCCAUUUCCUCUGUAAGGCCAUCCACCAAGAGCCUGCAUUGGAACUCAAGUGGGUCUGCCCCUAUGGCACCAGUGAGAAAUUCAAGCUGGACAUCAGCAGUGGUGACUGGAGCAGAGUCACAAUCCUGGAUGGCUGCUCUUUGUGGAACAUUACCGAGUCCAGGGAGAAGAUCAUGGAUUUGAAUUUUUCUACCUCGUACAACAUUAGCAUCAUAACCCAGUCCUGUAAUAAGUCUGCUCCAUCCGCCCAGUACACCUGCCUCACUGGCAUCACAGACCCGCCUCCUCCAAAAAUAUCCCCCAAUAUUACAUCUGUCAGCCACAAUUCACUCAAGGUCAAGUUCAGCGGUUUUGAAGCCAGCCACGGACCCAUCCAAGCUUAUGCUCUUGUUCUCACCACUGGCAGAGCAGAGAAUGCAUCUGCGGGUGACUUGAAAUACACAUACGAAGAUUUCAAAAAGGGGGACUCGGACACCUACGUGACAUACCUCAUCACAGUAGAAGAAAAGCGACACUCCCUGGGCUUGUCGGAAGAAUCAAAAUACGAAGUGGAUGUGGGGAAUGAGUCGAUGACCCGUGGCUAUUACAAUGGGAAACUGGAUCCUCUGGGCUCCUACCGGGCUUGUGUUGCCGGCUUCACCAACAUCACCUUCAGGUCGCACGACAGACUCAUUGAUGGGGCCGAGAGUUACGUGUCUUUCAGCCCCUGCUCCGAAGCUGUGUUUCUGCCACAGGAUCCAGGUGUCAUCUGUGGAGCCGUGUUUGGUUGUAUCUUUGGUGCUCUGGUCAUCGUGGCUGUGGGAAGUUUCAUCUUCUGGAGGAAGAAAAGGAAAGAUGCAAAGAAUAAUGAAGUGUCUUUUUCUCAAAUCAAACCCAAAAAAUCCAAGUUGAUCAGAGUGGAGAACUUUGAGGCCUACUUUAAGAAGCAGCAAGCAGACUCCAACUGUGGCUUUGCAGAGGAAUAUGAAGACCUGAAGCUUAUUGGAAUCAGUCAACCAAAAUAUGCAGCAGAAUUGGCAGAGAAUAGAGGAAAGAACCGCUACAAUAAUGUUUUGCCCUACGAUAUUUCCCGUGUCAAACUUUCCAUCCAGACCCACUCAACAGAUGACUACAUCAAUGCCAACUACAUGCCUGGCUACCAUUCCAAGAGGGAUUUCAUUGCCACGCAAGGACCUUUGCCCAACACUUUGAAAGAUUUUUGGCGUAUGGUCUGGGAGAAGAAUAUAUAUGCCAUUAUUAUGUUGACCAAGUGUGUUGAACAGGGAAGGACCAAGUGUGAAGAAUACUGGCCUUCCAAGAUGGCUCAAGAGUAUGGGGACGUCACUGUGGCAAAUACAGCGGAAAUUAUCCUUCCUGAAUGGACCAUCAGAGACUUCACAGUGAAAAAUAGCCAGACGAGCGAGAGCCACCCUCUGCGACAGUUCCAUUUCACCUCCUGGCCAGACCACGGGGUCCCAGACACCACUGAGCUGCUCAUCAACUUCAGGUUCUUGGUGCGCGACUACAUGAAGCAGAUCCCUCCUGAGUCACCAGUGCUAGUGCAUUGCAGUGCUGGGGUUGGCCGGACAGGCACCUUCAUUGCCAUCGACAGACUCAUCUAUCAGAUCGAGAAUGAGAACACUGUGGACGUUUACGGGAUUGUGUACGACCUGCGCAUGCACAGGCCUUUGAUGGUGCAGACAGAGGACCAGUAUGUAUUCCUCAAUCAGUGUGUGUUGGAUAUCAUCCGAUCCCAGAAGGACUCCAAAGUCGACCUGAUCUACCAGAACACCACUGCAAUGACAAUCUACGAAAACCUGGCACCCGGGACCACUUUUGGCAAGACGAACGGUUACAUCGCCUGAUUCCAAAGCAGAGAGCACUUUUCCAGAGUGUGGCUGAGCACCACCACCUUUGCAGCAAAGGAAGACGCCCCCCCCAUGGACAUGUUUUUCUCUGUCUAAUAUCUUAAUUUUUUGUUCUGUUAUGUGCAAACUAAUUUGCAGGAGUUAGAGCUGUGCAUGGAAAACAUGGCCAGGGAGAAACUGGGGCUCUUAGGGGGCUGUGGGCAGGCAGCGAGCGAGCCAGUGACGUUCCUGAUUGCCCAUGGGAUGAGGUUCACUUAUUUUUUGUUUUGUUUUGUUUUGUUUUGUUUUAAGAAUUACAGAAAACCAGGAAAAUUGAGCCUUGAUUUUUUUUUCCUUUUUUUUUUUUUCAAAACAGCUUCUUUUUUUUUUUUUUUUUUUUUAAGACUAUUUUAUAUAAUUCACAUGCUCAAAGCCAGGAUUGCGUUGGGUUGCAUAUAUUUUCCGUAUCAGAGGUCUAUUUUUACCUACUGUAUCUUGGAAUCUAGCAGAUGAAGCCCGCAUUCUUGUGGAGGGCCGCGGAGGGGAAAGGGGGAGAGGAGGCCAGGUCUCCCGCCUGGGUUUUCUAUUUAAACACGUGCCUUUUCUGAAUUAUGCUUCCACAGGCAAAACUCAGUAGAUUUUUCUCUAUUUUUGUACUGAAUCUCGUAAUUGGAAUAUGCGGACUAUUUAAAUGGUAGUUUAGUAGUAGAGGUUCAGCCUCUUCCAAGACAUUCCUGUCCUCCUGGGAUUUGAGGAGGCCGCCCUGCUUCCCCCCAUCCUCACCCCUUUUUUCUCCAGCAUCCCUAUGUUAUGCUCUCUUUUCCCCUGCCAGUUUUCUGCCAAGAAUUUCUGUUGACCACAUUGUCAACCUUAGUUGGGUGAGUGAGAGUGGAAAUCCAAGUAUCACCUUGAAAAUUUUGGGGGGGCAGGCCUCCCGGUGAGUGACGUACCCUCCUUGUCUUGUUGCUGGUGGUCGUUUGUUUUUUUUUUCCUCAUUCUUGUCUUUGGUAAGGAGUAUUUAAAGGUGCAAUAUGUGAUUUUUAGUGAUCAUACGCUCUAGGUUAUUAGUGAUGUUUUACUCAGGUUGGCAUUUUAAGUGUGUGUGUGUGUGUGUGCACACAUGUCUGUGUGUGUCUGUAUCUGUGUGUGUGUGUGUGUGUGUUUAAAAGUGUGGCAAUCUGUGAGCACGGCCGUGUGACUCCCUUUUCCUCGCCAAGUCCACUGGCUUUUGUCUGUAUCCGCAGUCAGUGAUCCGUACUGACAUCUACUGUAUAUAAAUAUACUAAACUCUCCCAACCGCCAUUCCUUGAAAAUGAGGUGUACAAAGUUGGAAUUUGUAUCAAAGAUGUAAUUAUUAUUUUUAAGACCUCUUUUCACUCUACCGCUGCUGUAAUUACUUUGAUUUUCUUUUUUUAAAUGUAGAUCAAUUUUUUUUUUUUUUGCUUCAGGUGUGUAUCCGUUGAGAAUCUCAGAAUUGACGUGGAUUUUAUUUUAUUGGUACAUAAACUGUAAACUUCUGCAGGCAUUAACAUGAAA